CUCGAAAGAGCAACGUGUUUACAUUUGAAUCGCACGAAGAAGAAUAAACUUCAUUUCUAAUUCUUCUUUUAUCACGACACAAAAUUUAACAACAAACACAACAUUAACGCAAAAAACACCGGCUAAAUAACUUAUACAGAACUAUUGUCCUUUGUUUCUAGACCCUUUCGCUCCCUAUGUGAAGGUGUUGAACUUUUGUGCUACUUGGGACAUGCCAGCUUUGUAAUAACGGGGACAAAAAUGGUGACAUACUGGACCAAUAAAUGUCCGCAUCACUGAAACUCGUGAUCAGCUUAUUUGCAGAUUUUUUUAGAAAGUACUUAGCUUUGUUGGUAUAGAAAGUCAACAACUGUCGUAGUGUUUGACGUGGUUUUUUUUAGGCAAAGUUGAACGCCCUGAUGUGAAAAGAGAACAUCAAAAGAAAUCCAGAACCGUGUUUACAAAACACCAAAUUCUUCAACUCGAAGCGAUGUUUUACUCGAAACGAUAUCUAAAUAACACGGAUCGUCUUAUGCUAUCAAGCAACCUAUCUUUAAGUGAAAACCAGGUGAAAGUUUGGUUUCAAAAUCGCAGAAACAAAUGGAAACGAGAGAUGUUGAUAAAAUUCGAACAAGCACAACUCGGAAAAUCCUCCAUUUUGUACACAUUAUCAAAUACCAAAGAUAUAACCAAAGAAAAAGCUAAAUCAGCAAAUCUCCCUAAAACAAUUUUUGUCAACAACAAGGAGAUAAAUUCGAAUAUGCAUGACUGUUGCUAUGGUAAUACAAAACUGUUAAAUCCUCCUAGAGUUUUUGAGAACCAGUGGACUGUGAAUAUCAAAUUGUAGGUUUAGAGCGAUCAAAACAUGCGGAGGAGGAUCAAAGAAUGCUGAUGUGUGCAUUGGUUAAAAAGUUGGUCACGCGAUGCAAUUAAUUUAGUAUCAGUUAAAAUGACAGCCAGGCGAAAUAAAAUAACUUUGUAUGUUUUACAUAGAAAAGAAUUUUAGUUUAAAACAGAUCUUUGUUGUUUUGUCAAUCAUAUGAAAUAGAAGCCACCAAUGGGGGUUUCUUCGCGAUGGAACCAGAAGCAAGGGAUUACACAUUUAGAACAACAAAAUAAAAGUACGGUAAAACUGACAGUCACAGCGAACACACGUGGAUGCUCGAUACACACUGAUUUUACACAGUGACGGAUUUUCCGCUGGAUGUUCGAAAAACGUAUCGCUGAUAACAAAA